GGUUCCUAGGGAUGCGCAUCCGGGUCAAGCUAACGCCGCGGUUUCCUCCACCCGCUUGGUUCUUCUGUGGGUCUGGACUGGUCCCCAUGUCGGACUGCGGGGUCCCUGCAGCCUUCGGUUGCCCUGUCCAUAGAAUGAGGGUGAUGCUUCCUGUGUCUUAGGAGAGUUGUGGAGAUAAAAUUAGAUCAGAGCAGGGAGUAAAGCUGUGUCAGAGUUGGACAUUUCUGAAUCUGUCUCCCUUAACACAUGUUUUCCCAUCUGGAGUGCAGCGCUGAAAGUGUGUUGCACCAAGAUAGAGCAAUAGAAGUGGUGGUAUCUUGACUGUGAAGACUGCUGAGAGACACUUGGGAUCCAGUCACAUAAGUGUAAUAAAGAAAUAUUAGUCCUCAUGGAGGAAGAGCAAGAUUUACCAGAACAACCAGUUAAAAAAGCCAAGAUGCAGGAAUCGGGAGAGCAAACUUUAAGUCAAGUAAGCAACCCCGAAGUCAAUGAUCAGAAACCUGAAACUUCAAGCCUUGCUUCAAACCUUACCAUGUCAGAGGAAAUUAUGACGUGCACCGAUUACAUCCCUCGCUCAUCCAAUGACUAUACCUCACAAAUGUAUUCUGCAAAACCUUAUGCACAUAUCCUCUCAGUUCCUGCUUCGGAAACUGCUUAUCCUGGGCAGACUCAGUACCAGACACUACAGCAGUCUCAACCGUAUGCUGUCUACCCUCAGGCAACCCAAACGUAUGGACUACCUCCUUUUGGUGCAUUGUGGCCAGGUAUGAAACCUGAAAGUGGUUUAAUUCAGACUCCAUCUCCAAGUCAACACAGUGUUCUUACCUGCACUACAGGGUUAACCACAAGCCAGCCAAGCCCAGCACAUUAUUCUUACCCCAUUCAAGCUUCAAGCACAAAUGCCAGCCUGAUAUCCACUUCAUCUACAAUUGCCAAUAUUCCAGCAGCAGCAGUUUCCAGCAUUUCAAACCAGGACUAUCCCACCUAUACUAUCCUUGGUCAGAGUCAGUACCAGGCCUGCUACCCCAGCUCCAGCUUUGGAGUCACAGGCCAGACUAACAGUGAUGCUGAGAAUACCACGUUAGCAGCGACCACAUACCAGACAGAGAAGCCUAGUGUCAUGGUACCUGCGCCUGCAGCACAGAGACUUGCCUCUGGAGACCCUUCUACAAGCCCAUCUUUGCCCCAGACUACACCAAGUAAAGAUGCUGAUGACCAGUCCAGGAAGAACAUGACUGGAAAGAACCGGGGCAAGAGGAAAGCUGAUGCCAGCUCUUCCCAGGAUAGUGAAUUGGAACGGGUAUUUCUGUGGGACUUGGAUGAAACCAUCAUCAUCUUCCAUUCCCUUCUUACUGGAUCCUAUGCCCAGAAGUAUGGAAAGGACCCAACAGUAGUGAUUGGCUCAGGUUUAACUAUGGAAGAAAUGAUUUUUGAAGUGGCUGAUACACACCUAUUUUUCAAUGACUUAGAGGAGUGUGACCAGGUGCAUGUGGAAGAUGUGGCUUCUGAUGACAAUGGCCAAGACUUAAGCAACUACAGUUUCUCAACAGAUGGUUUCAGUGGCUCAGGUGGCAGUGGCAGCCAUGGUUCCUCUGUGGGUGUACAGGGAGGUGUGGAUUGGAUGAGAAAACUGGCUUUCCGCUACCGAAAAGUGAGAGAAAUCUAUGACAAGCAUAAAAGCAACGUGGGUGGCCUUCUCAGUCCCCAGAGGAAGGAAGCACUGCAGAGACUAAGAGCAGAGAUUGAAGUUUUAACAGAUUCCUGGUUAGGAACUGCAUUAAAGUCCUUACUUCUCAUCCAGUCCAGAAAGAAUUGUGUGAAUGUUCUGAUCACUACAACACAGCUGGUUCCAGCUCUGGCCAAGGUUCUCCUCUAUGGGCUUGGAGAAAUAUUUCCUAUUGAAAACAUCUAUAGUGCUACCAAAAUUGGGAAAGAGAGCUGCUUUGAGAGAAUUGUGUCAAGGUUUGGAAAGAAAGUCACAUAUGUAGUGAUUGGAGAUGGACGAGAUGAAGAAAUUGCAGCCAAGCAGCACAACAUGCCUUUCUGGAGGAUCACAAACCACGGAGACCUAGUGUCCCUCCACCAGGCUUUGGAGCUUGAUUUUCUCUAAGAACUGGAAUGAAGAGCCUUCCCCAUGAGCUCUGUUUCACUCCUGAAGCGAGCUGGAGACUGGAACCAGCUCGGAACUCUGUCUUUCUCCAUGGAAUGCUGGCGAGAACACAAUCAGAACCAGUAGCUGCAGGGGGCGAAGCUUAGUUUGGCUAAGAGUGAGCCUGCAGCCCCACGUUCACCCUUGUGCAGGAGCGGGAGACAAUUGGAUUGGGAGAACAAGAGACUUGCUGCAGCUACAGUGCUUUUAAUUCUUCUGGGGUUUUUUCCUUUUGUUUUGUUUUUUAUGUUGUUUCAAAAAAUGAAGAAAAAAAGGAAAUUUGGGGGGCAGAGUUGCACUCUUUGUCCGUGACCUGAGUGAGAACUGCUGUUAACUUGUGGUGAUAGGGAAAAUGUGCAGACUUUUGUAAUAACAUCUCUUGCAGUCUUUGUAAUCUCCUUAGCUGUAGGACAUAUCCCCAGUGAAUGUAUAUGUAAUUUUUAUAGGAAAGGGUCUGGUCUCUGAAGCAGGUUCUCCUUCCUUUUUCUAGCAAGAAAGGGGUGUGUCAAGUUUCCUUGGAAAAUAGUAAUUGAACUCUCUAAAAUACCUCUCUGUGACAGUAGCACCUCUUCAGCGGCUCCAGUGGUUUGCUGUCUGGGAUGGUUUCCCUCCCGUUCUUCCAUCUCCGUGUGUGCUGAACUGUGGGGCACUAGACAGUGAUUAACGUGAGACUUUGUUAUUUCCCAUCCUAGAAGCCUUAGUCCCCUUUCUAAUCCCUCUUCCCCUUUAACCAAAUGACACAAUCCUGGAAACUCCUCUUAGACAGUAAAUGCUAAGCCCUCAGCUUGACUUGGUUAUUUGAAGACAAGGCCCCGGGGGCUUACCUCCAAACUGGAAAGAAGGGACUAAGGCUUCGUGUGAAUUCCCACUUAGGUUCUUGAAACAGGAAUAUUCCACCUUCGCCCUGCCCAGAAGCACUCUCCCCGCAACAAAUGUUCACCCUACAGCCUCCUCUUCCUUCCUGGCCAUCAGCAGGGGCUCUUGUCCCUCUCCCGCUCUGAGCACCUCACAGCUGGCUCCAUUCAGCUCUGGCCAGUUACUAGGCUUUGGGCCCAAGAUGUCAAAGUGAGUCAAAGAACAGGCUUGUAACUACACUGUGGGCAAAACUACCAAUGUAGUUGACUUCCUUUGAAGCCCUUACGCCCUGUGAAGGGUACUCUGGGUAUGUAUUUACCCAGAUCUCUCUCUGAAAUUGAACAGGAGGUUGCUGUGAUCAAACCCCAUUUUUCUCAUGGUACACCCUUCCCACUUCUCAAAUCUCAUUUUGAAAUGGGAAACUAGAAGCCAGGAAGACGUUUCUGUUUUAAAGGAAGUUGCUGGACCUCUUACUCCAUGCCUAGAAACUUCAUCCUGGGCCAAAUGCAGGAACAUCUCCUAGCCCAGCUGCGUUUGUGUAUGCCCCAUCCCUCCAAGACGAACCCAGGUAUCUGCUCAGGGAGGAUAAACUUCCCUGCAGCUGAAGAAGUUCAGCCCGUCCCAGGCUGCAGUGAGGAGUGGUGAUGUAAGCACCUCAGAGGGAUGUAGUCUGCGUUCUCGGUAGGGGAGGCAUCCUUGACCAGCCCAUCACGCUUGCUUACCCCCAGAGGUUCUUCAUGCCCAUUUCCAGAGAUGUUGCAGCACAAAGAGGCCGAACUCCUCCCCAGGCCUUGUCACUCAUACAGCACAGAAAGGCUGUUUGUACACAUUCCUUCAGAACUGGUUGAGAAACUGCUUCAGGGCUCACCAUUUCAGGAAAGAGGUUUCUGGAGAGGAGUUGAAGUCAAUGUUCAUUAUGUAGCUGCUGCUUUGGACUUGUUUCCAUUGAUGAGGUGGGGGUGAGGGGCAGUUAUAUAGUCUGAGGCAAACCUUGCCUUGGUCUGAUUUUGACACAGUUGCCCAGAAGCUGCUCUGCCUUGCUUGAUAAUUGAUCUUAGGAAGCUCUAGGAUGGUCUUUUCUCCAGGCCCCAAGCCCACUGCCAGCAGUGUAACUGUUGGUUUCCUGCCCUGCACAUAGGCCACCUGGUUGGUGCUUCGCCUCAGGCUUGAGAGGCUGUGGAGUGGUACCGCCAUUAUGCACACAGGUCCACACACAGAUCCCUCCCUCUCCCCGCCCUUUGGGAGGAGCUCUUUAUUCCUAGACUAUGACUUGGACCCCUUUGUCAGUGGCCUUUUUCCUCCUGCCCUGACUGCCCCACCUAAGUGUUUGCAGAAGGAAUGUGAAAUGACCGAGAGAGGAGAGGAAGCUCUGAGCAGAGCAGCAUCUGCUCCUUCCUGGUUGUUGCCACCCUCAAUCAGAGGGCGGGCAGAAAAUGGGACCUGGCUUCUGUUUGCCAAAAUGAAUUGUCCGGGAAACAGUGCUCUUUUACCCCUUGUUUUCCUCUUCCCCAGCAUGAAGAUCUGGAAAGGAAAAUAAGGGGUAGCACCAAGAGCUUUUGGAAGCUUAGGGUCCAAGGACACGGGCAGUCCAUCAAGGGGGAAGCCCUCUUUACUAGAGAGAGUCCCUGUGAAAUUAGCCACAUGAUGAAUCCUUCCCCCAGCUGGGGACUGAAUUCUGUAAGAUGGGUCUGCACAUUUCGUGGUGAAGACUUUCUCUAAUGAGGGAUCUGGAGUUACCCAAUGUGUUCUGGAUUUAAGAGGUGGCUUGACUUUCGAAUGUAAAACUGUGCCUUAGCAUCACCCUGUCCAGUCCCCCUGGGGCAGCUGGUGGUGUCCAGGAGAAUGGAUUCCUGCUCCAGAUUUAGAUGCUUUUAUUUGUUUUGAGGUGUUCUGUCUUCUGCUCUGCAAGUUGGGAGGGGGGCCAAAGUCAGUGUCCCAGGAGACUUGUGCCACAGCUCGUUCGCAGUUUACAAACUCCACUUUAAAGCGCUCAAGUAGAAUCUGACCGGCAAACUCCAGCUGCAGCAGAUGGAGCUUCUGGAUGUUCUCUCCCUUGAAUGGGUGUCAGUGUCACUGAAGCAGUGGGGGGGAGGGGUGUGUAGGAGAGGGGCAGCUGUUCUUUCUCUUCCUGGGAUAGGGAGGGUCGAAGCUAAGGGAUGGUGAGCUCGGGGCGUUUUCUCUGCUCCUUCAGCAAGUAGGGCCCCUCUUAAGCAGCCGUGUAUUUCUUACCGCUAAAUUGGUUUUCUUUUUCAUCCAAAAGUCAGAACUCCCCAGAUUUCACACUGUACAAGCCAAAUCUGAAUUCUGAGAUUCUAAAGUAUCUUAAAUCACGAGAGAAAAUCUAGUUCUGACCCCAUCCCCAGUCCGCAGGCCCUCAGUUUCUAUCUCCUUGGAGUCAGCUCUAGCAAGCAAGGUUCACAGGCUAGUUCCUAAUGCACUGACCGGAGCCAUCCCAUUAAGGACGACUUCACUCGCAACCUGACCCUCUGGAUGACUCAUGCCUCACUUAGCAGGAAAAGGCGUUGAUUGCAUUGGAUAUAUUUAUGUGACUGCGGGCAUUUGUGGCUGUAGAGUCUUUGACCAUAAUGCUAUAUGUAAUGGGAACUAUCUUGUAAACUUGAAAAAAAAUAAAGUUUUUAUUUUCUAUA